AUGAUGGCAGGAGUGUUUGAUAUUGAAUUAAAUGAUCAUCAAUCCUGUGCAGCGGUGUCAGGUGACGAGGUGAUGGAGGAAGAUAAUGAGUACAUUGAUGUUGAAGAUGUUGGUUUUUACAAAGUACCCUUUGGACAUAUCAGUUCACCGCCGCCAAGCUCUUCUUAUUUGCAUGAUCCAUACCUCGAAAAAAUUGAUUUAGAUGAAUCAACAGUAAACCCACCUAAUACUCGUCUAGGUCCAGAGAAUUUUCAGCUGCUUAAAGUUUUGGGAAAGGGUGGAUAUGGAAAGGUAUUUCAAGUCAGGAAAACGAACGGAAAAGACAAAGGAAGGAUUUUUGCCAUGAAAGUUUUAAAGAAGGCAACAAUAAUCAGAAAUCAGAAAGAUACCGCUCAUACAAAAGCAGAAAGAAAUAUUUUGGAAGCAGUGAAAAGUCCAUUUAUUUGUGAUCUUUUGUAUGCUUUUCAAACAGGUGGCAAGCUUUAUUUGAUUUUGGAAUAUUUAAGUGGUGGCGAGUUAUUUAUGCAUUUGGAACGAGAAGGAUUGUUUAUGGAAGACACGGCAGCAUUUUACUUGAGUGAAAUAGUGUGUUCUUUAGAACAUCUGCAUCAACAAGGAAUUAUAUAUCGUGAUCUGAAACCGGAAAAUAUUUUGCUUGAUAGUCGAGGUCAUGUAAAAUUAACUGAUUUUGGUCUAUGUAAGGAGGCUAUUGAAGGUGAUCAGAAAACGCACACGUUUUGUGGAACCAUAGAAUAUAUGGCACCGGAAAUAUUGAUGAGAGUUGGACAUAAUAAAGCUGUAGAUUGGUGGAGUUUAGGUGCACUAACAUAUGAUAUGCUUACAGGUGGCCCACCAUUCACAGCCGAUAGCAGACGAAAAACCAUCGACAAAAUUUUGAAAGGACGGCUUACAUUACCAUCGUUCUUGAGCAUGGAAGCACGUGAUUUGAUUAAAAGGCUUUUGCGAAGACAUGUUGAAACACGCCUUGGAGCAGGUCCUGAAGAUGCCUGCGAAAUUAAGCGGCAUUGUUUUUUCCGGUCUCUUAAUUGGGAUGUAGUCUAUGCGAGACAGCUGGAACCACCGUAUAAACCAAAUAUCACAUCGGAAGAUGAUGUGUCAUUGUUCGACAGUAAAUUUACCAAGAUGACGCCAAUUGAUUCCCCUUGCGAGCAAAAUAUUUCAUUGUCAGUCAAUCCUUUUGAAGGUUUCACUUAUGUUGCACCAAGUGUAAUGGAAGAAAUGCAGAAACCCAAAAAUACAAAUUUACGAUCCUCGGAUGCAAAUCAGUGGUGA